AAUUCAACACUGAUAUUUCAACAGUUUCGUUCGGUCAACAAAAUGUGAGUAGAAAAUAACAUUGAAAUCCUUCGUUGUGUUGUUGCGAACUUCGCCUUCGGUUACGGCCUGCGUAAAUUGAUCCUAAUCCGCCAUAAAUCACUUGAGAUUUUUCGAUCGACGCGACGCGCGACGACGUUAGUCGUAUCUCUUUCGCGAUUCUUGUCCCAAGUGCGAGGUAAAGUGUGACGAAUGAUCGGGAGUGUCGCGAAGACGAGAGCGUGGAAUGAUAAUUAACUCGAUCUGUCGUAAUUAAAGCCGAGAUUUUUUUAUUUAUCGACGCGAGACAAGACGUCGUCCGUAUUUCACGAUGUUUCGUCGCUCGUCGGUUUACGAAACCACGUAAAAUGUGAACAAGAGGACUUGGGAGUGUUGCACGCGCACAACCGCCGGGAGUGUCGAAUCGUAAUUAACGCGAUCGAUCGUAUAAUUGCCGGAAAUGUUUUCCUCGGACACGCGUGGUGAUGUACGCGUGUAACGACGUUUGUUCGUCGUGUGUGGUCUUCCAUUGGUCCUGAACGUCAAAAUCGCGAAGGAAUAAAGGAUUAAUGUUCGGAGCAACGGGGCACAAGCAACAAUGGCGGAGAGCAUUGACCGUAUCAACUGCAGCUACAGUGGAUCGUUCGCAGUAUGAAUUCUUCAAUUCAUCUACAGCAGUUAGUGAAGUGGACAAUCCCAACGGUUGCCUUUGUCUUCGCCCUCUUUUGGUACAAACGUCGCCGGAGUGACAGAGGUGAAGCCCAAUGGAAUGACCCAGGAGGGAUCACGGAAGAGACGGCUUAUAAAAAAAACACAAAGGAAGCGGACACAAGUCUUUAUGACUCCAGCGUUCAAGAAGACAAUCAAUCCUCAAUCAACUGUUCCUGCACGAAACAGAAGAAAGAGUCGUCUCGCGUCCCAGGGAAGGUCAGCGAGAGCGUCUUAAACAAAUCGUCGUCACAAAACUCGUCUUCCUGCGACAGUAGUCAAAACAACAACCGCACGAACUACUCUGAGAUGAUCGCUGAAAGUCAAAUUGUGUCUUCCUUCGAAUCUGACAAUGUCAACAUCAGUGUAACAAAGACGUUUCAAGACGCUGCCGGCGAAACGAAACAGCCUCUGCAAUGCAAAACAGAAUCAUACGAUCCAAAUUAUAAUCAAUCGGAUCAAUACGAUUACAGUAAGAAUAGCCAAAACAUUAAGAAAUAUACCAAUGAUGCCAUCAAAAUUCAGGGACGAACGAAUGAGAGAGAUUCGGCCAAUCACAGCCCAAUUUCCGAAGUGUCUGGAGGUUCUAGUAGCCUUACAGAUGAAAGUGAAGAAAGCAUGGAUAGCGGGAAAGGGAGUAUUGUUCCAGGAAGAAAUAAUAAACAUAAAAAGGACAAUACUGAAUCCACUUACGAUUUUGCCAUACCGCAACAUCUAGUGGGUAGAUUGAUCGGUCGUCAUGGUACCUUUUUACAAAGCAUCCGUACAAAAGCAGGCGUCGACAUAUAUGUAAAUGAUCACCCUUGCAAUGGCGAUCAUAAGAUUUGCUCGAUACAAGGCAGUGUUGAGGGAAUCAACGUCGCGCUUAAAAUCAUAAGACAAAAGUUCCCGGAAAAGAAGUUUCCGCAGAUGACAUUAGUAAAGAUCCCAACAACGUUUGAAAUGAACGAGGCCGUGCACAACGUUGUUUAUACACCCUGUAUACCCUGUACCCUGUCCUUGACGGAACAAGUUUCUAAUGAUGUAAUUAUUUCUCAUAUCGUCAAACCAAGCUGGCUCUUCGUUCAGCUUCCAACUCAUCCGACAUAUCCUCACUUGCAAAAUCUAGAGAAUCAAAUGUUAGAUCAUUAUAAUAAAACUACAGAAUUUCCAUCUGUGGAAAUAACCAGAGGACACUACGUAGCUGUAUUUUGGCACAAGAAAUGGGUUAGAGGAUUGAUUGAGAAAAUUGAUACGUAUGGAGAAAAAAACAUAAUACGAUUAAUUGAUCACGGUGGUUAUUGGAGUUUUAAUAAUUCAGAAUAUAAGCCGCUGACAUUGUAUUUCCUUCAAGCAUUGCCUUUUCAAGCAAUCGAAAUAUUUGUAGCGAAUAUCCAGCCAAAGAAAAGUGAAACAUGGUCACCAGACGCGUAUGAUUCGGCGUAUGAAAUUUGUCAUCAGAAUGGGGUUGCUGAAGCCCAUGUUGUAGGUCGUAUUGGCGAUAAUGUGUACACAAAUAUUUAUUUUUACAUUAAAGAAUAUGGGCAUAUUUCCUUCGCUGAGGAAUUAAUAGCGAAAGGACAUGCAGAACAUGUGGCGCUGGAGGACACGAAACCGGAAUCAUUUGAAUCUAUAUGCACGUAAGAUAUAUCAAGAUCAGCGCGCGCGCGUGUUAUUUACACGUUAGGAAAUACAAGACUAAAUAAUUUAAGACAAUGAUAGAGUUUUGCAUAACUCUAGAAAUAGAGUCGUUCUAUGUAAAUAUCGUCGAUAUAAUUCUUUGAUCAAGUUUAAAUCUAAUUAUUUCGUCUUUUGACAUUAUUUACAUUUGCCUGUCCAUUAUUGCGAAAAACUGUGAAUAUUUUGACAUUAUACAUACUUCAUAUAUAACAACUAUAUACAUAAAAAAAGAGUAUACAUAAAAAAGAGUAUUCACACAAAAGUAUAAUAAUUAUACUAUAUAGUACAAUAUAUAACGCGUCUUAUACAAUAAUGGAUAAAAAAAAAAAAAAAAUAAUAAUAACAGUUAUGUUUCAAUGUACGAAGAUAUCUAUAAAAAUCUUUUUUUAUUGCGUUAAAAUAUUUCUAAUAUCCCCGUUAACGCUGCUACGGAAGAACGCAUAAGAAUAAACUCGUGGAUUCAAACGAGUUCUGACAAGUACAAAGGAUUUGAUUUAAUCCGAUAACGUAAGACCUGUUUUUUUUUUUACAGCAACCCCUCCCGAAAUUUAUAUCGCUAUACUGUUGUCCCACUUUUAUCAAAAAACUUUUCGAAAUUUUUUGUAUCGAUAUGUAACAUUUUUCGAAAGAUGAGUUUUUCAGAUAGUUUUUUGUAAGCAUCUAAAAAACCUCAUUGCCCUACAACGUAAUGUUCGUUGCAAGGAAAAAAAGACCUGCUUAACGUAUUACAGUUUUGUAUAUAGUGUAAAAAUACUCUCAACACAGUAGAAUAUUUAUAUACGUUCUCUCCCUCUUAGAAAAUUAUAAAAAAAAUAUGUUUGUUACAACACACAUUAAUCAGAAUGUAACAUUUUGCUGUAAUAUUUAUCGCAGAAAAGACUCUCAAAAAUGACUGCGUUUUAGUAGAAGUAUGUCUAAUUUAAAUAAAAAUUAGACGAAUCGAGAAAUUCAGUUCUACAUGACUUAUAUCCAUUGAAUGAAUGGAAACAAUUCGGAAAUUAUUUCGUGCUCAUUUUAUACUAAAAAUACCACAAAACACUAUUGUUAAACGUUGCAUUCAUUGUCUCUAAAGUUUAUAUUUGUAAACCAUCAUUGUUUAGUUAACUUACCUUUCAAACAUUAUUUUUCAAUGUUAUGUAUUUAUAAUCAAGCGUAACUUU